AUGACAAGUGUUACUUGCAUAUUCAUACUUUGUUUCAAUUAUCAAAGAGACUCUUAUUUGGAUUUCCAUUUCGGUGCAUUAAGAGCCAACCAAUCGAAGUCCAUCAACAAAAAUCCACAAAAAAAUUCCUUGAUCGAGAAAAAGCCUUCGUGCAGCAGCACCACUCAAACAGCAGCACUCAACUGUUUUAACGAAUUUAAAAAGACAAGCACUAUGGGUAACCAACAAUCACCUCAAAUCAAGAACAGACCUCUCUCAUCCAACAAAAUUUUAAUUAUCGGAAAGGGUAUUUACAAUGUAGAAUUACCUGAAAUCCAUAACAAGCAAAUACUUCAGGCACUAAAGGAAGGCCUUCCUAAAUUCAUUCGAUUACAAAUUUAUUUGAAGGAUGCUAAUGGUGAAUUAAUUCCAGCAAAUCCUCCAACUGUUCAACACCCACAAUUCACAUUCCCAUUGGCAAAUGAUAAAUCAUUCUCAUUUAGUGACUAUCACUAUUUCUUACCUAAUUUAGAGUCAUUAGUGGGUUUGGCAAUCAUUGCAAGUUUGGAAGUACCUCUUUCAAAAGAAGCUCAACAAUCUUCACUGAAUUCUGUAUUGAGUUAUAUUGGAGCAGCAUCGGAUGUUAAUUCCGUUCCUUUAGGAGAGGGUUUUAUUGAUUUGAGAGCCAUCAAACAACGUGACGUUUACAACAGCUUGACUGUUUCUAUUGUCAACAACACAAAGGUGGUCGCAAAAAUUGAUUUGCAAAUUGUAAAGCCAGGUCUUAAAAUUGAUAUUUUAGAGUUACAACAAUCCAUUGUUAAUUACGAACAAAUUCAUAAUGUUGAAGUUACUGAGACAAAUUUGUUUAAUAGAACCUUUGAUAGAUUUGUUGAAAAUACAUCAGAAAUUCUUGAAUGUAGAAAAGCUAAAUCCAAAGCUGAAACUGAGGCUCAAAUCUGGAUUAAUAACCACACCGAACACAGAAUUCGUGUUGUUUCCAUUGAUACCACUCAUACCAAGUCUGGAUCUGGAUUUGAAUUUUACAGUUGUAAUGUUUGGUAUAAGUUCACAAGUGAAUUCUUAAAGGAAACUCAUGAGUUGGAAAGAGAAAAACAAGAACGAUUGAAGAAGGAAGCAGAACUUGCUAAACAAAAGCUUCAAAAACAAGAAACUUCUUACAAUGCAGAGGUUGACGAAGAGGUUCCACUCACGGAUUCUGAAACAGAGGAAGAAAAGCCAACAGAGGAACCACCAGCAACUUCCACAACUCCAACCGACACGAAUUAA